AAGUGUUAAUAAACCCACAACCGUAAAAUCAGUCUGUAUAUGCAGUAAAGCAUGCUUGUUAUACUCACUGUGAUACCUAAGGGGUUAAUCCUUUGCAUCGGGUAAAAAUGAUGUUUGAUCCUGUCUUUUCUGAUCUCCUUCCAGUUUCUCUUAAAUAUCUUCUGAUAGUACAGAGGCUUGGGGGCCAGCUGCACAUGCUCAGUUUAGUGUGGAUUGCUAGAGAGGUUUUUUUCUUCUUGGGAGAGUGCAUGUGAUCAGCACAGGGCCAAUCAGCACUGCCCAGACAGAGGUCAGGGG